AUGCAUUCCAUCUCGCUCCUGGCGGGCCUUAUUAGUGUGGCCAAUGCCGCCUGCCCUUAUAUGACCGGUGAAUUGCCUGGUAGCAAUCCUCAUGUUCAGCGCCGGGAUGAUGGAGGUGCUGCGGGAGAGACGGAGCAGUUUCUCUCGCAAUUCUAUAUCAAUGACCAGAAUGCGACCUUGACGUCGGAUGUGGGCGGUCCCAUCGAGGAUCAAAACAGCUUGAGCGCGGGAGAGCGCGGCCCUACUUUGCUGGAGGAUUUUAUUUUCAGACAGAAGAUCCAGCACUUUGACCAUGAGAGAGUUCCGGAACGAGCCGUCCAUGCCCGCGGUGCUGGUGCUCACGGUGUUUUCACUUCCUAUGCGGAUUGGUCCAACAUCACGGCUGAGUCCUUCCUUGGUGGCGAAGGCAAGGAAACUCCUAUCUUUGCUCGUAUCUCGACCGUCGCUGGUAGCCGGGGAAGUGCUGAUACUGCCCGAGAUGUGCACGGCUUUGCGCUGCGCUUUUACACGGACGAGGGAAAUUUUGACAUUGUUGGCAACAACAUCCCCGUGUUCUUUAUCCAGGAUGCUAUCCAAUUCCCUGACCUUAUCCAUGCCGUCAAGCCCAGCGGCGACAAUGAAAUCCCCCAGGCCGCCACUGCUCAUGAUUCCGCCUGGGACUACUUCAGCCAACAGCCAAGUUGCUUACACACGCUCAUCUGGGCCAUGGCUGGUCACGGAAUUCCCCGUUCCAUCCGCCACACGGACGGGUUUGGUAUCCAUACCUACCGCCUUCUCACCAACGACGGGAAGUCGAAGCUUGUUAAAUGGCACUGGAAGACCCUUCAGGGCAAGGCCAGCUUUGUCUGGGAAGAAGCCCAGCAGACGUCCGGCAAGAACGCGGACCAUCUCCGCCAGGAUCUUUGGGACGCGAUCGAGGCCGAGCGUUACCCCGAAUGGGAGCUUGGUAUCCAAAUCAUGGAGGAGGAAGACCAGCUGAGAUUCGGUUUCGAUCUGCUCGACCCGACCAAGAUUGUGCCCGAAGAAUACGUUCCUAUCACCCCAAUCGGAAAGCUGCAGCUCAACCGCAACCCCAGCAACUACUUUGCGGAAACCGAGCAGAUCAUGUUCCAGCCGGGCCAUAUCGUCCGCGGCAUUGACUUCUCUGAUGAUCCUCUUCUGCAAGGUCGUCUGUUCUCGUACCUCGACACCCAGCUGAACCGGCACAACGGCCCCAACUUUGAGCAGCUGCCUAUCAACCGACCCCGUGUCCCGAUUCACAACAACAACCGUGACGGAGCUGGCCAGAAUUAUAUCCCACUCAACAAGGACGCUUACACCCCCAACUCCCUCAACAACAACUCUCCUUACCAGGCCAACCAAACCCAGAACAACGGCUUCUUCACUGGCCCGGGUCGUACUGCCAGUGGUAAGCUGGUUCGCAACCGGAGCCCGACUUUCGCAGAUGUCUGGUCCCAGCCUCGUCUUUUCUGGAACUCGCUCAUCGAUGCCGAGAAGCAGUUCGUAGUCGACGCCAUGCGGUUCGAGAACGCUAAUGUUAUGAGCGACGUGGUCCGCAACAAUGUCAUCAUCCAGCUGAACCGCAUCAGUAACGACCUGGCCAAGCGCGUGGCGGAAGCGAUCGGCGUCGACGCUCCCGCGCCAGACCCUACUUACUAUCAUGACAACAAGACCGCCAACGUCGGUACCUUUGGCCACAAGCUCCUUAAGCUGGAGGGUCUCAAGAUCGGUCUCCUGGCCUCUGUUUCGAACGCCUCGUCCUUGACCCAGGGAUCUGCCCUGCAGAGCCAAUUCAAAUCUGCCGGCGUCGACGUCGUCGUCGUUGCCGAGCGCAUGGCGGACAAGGUCGACCAGACCUACUCCGCGUCCGACGCCACCCAGUUCGACGCGGUGGUCGUCGCGGACGGUGCCCAGGGCCUCUUCAACCCCCAUUCUUUCACCGCGGUGCAGAACAACCGCACUUCCACUGCCUCCACUCUGUACCCAGCUGGUCGCCCAUUGGAUAUUCUGCUUGACGCGUUCCGAUUCGGAAAGACUGUUGGGGCCGUCGGCCAAGGUUCGCUUGCUCUGCGCUCUGCCCAGAUCUCGCCUGCCCGCGAGGGUGUGGUUGUGGCAGGCUCUGUUAGCGACGCCUUCACUAAGAAUCUCAAAGAUGGUCUCUACACCUUCAAGCACCUGGACCGCUUUGCGCUGGACUAA